AUGAAUUUGUUAAAGUUUUCUAAAAACCCAACGUCCGUGACAGAAGAUAACAUAAGUAAAAUUUUGUCGUCAUUGGAAGUUCUUCUGUGUUUUAUCACACGUACGAAAGUUAGAGAUGAGAAUAAAUCCAUUAAAGAUUAUGUUUUACAGUGGAAGAAAUUAUCGUCAUUAUAUAAACGUGAAGGAUUUUCUAAAGUUUUAAAUAUUGAUCUACGACUUAAACAUAUAGUGUCCUUAUACGAACUUGUUGAAGAGCAAGUUGCUGAUGCUAAAAUUGAGUAUAUUCAUAAAAAGUAUAAGAAAACCCUUUCAACAGAUAUGAAGACUGAAAUUCUUGAAUCUAUAUAUUUUGAACAACAAACUACAACGAAAAAAGUUAUACCAGCAGAAGCGUUCGCUUUAGCUUUAAAAAGAUUCAUGUUACGAUUUUUAACUUUAGAAAGUCAAGAAGAGAGAGAUGGAAUCGUUACAUAUUUAUUUACAGGAUAG